AUGUAUGAUGACUCUCACUACGAAAGCUGCUUGAGCGAAGCAUCGGAAUUCCACAUGCCACCUCAACUUCGGCCCCUUUUUAGUAGUCUUCUUUGUUUUUGCUCUGUUAGUGAGCCAGUGCAGCUGUGGGAUAAAUUCAAGAGAGUAUUGGCAGAGGACUACAUUCAUAGAAAAUCAGGUGAAGAAGAAGGCGUUUUGUGGGCCUACUACGACAUUAUGGACAGAGUUUGCGGUGCAAACUUGAUGAGCCUAAUCAGUCCACCUUCUCGUGAAAGGCCUACACAGCUCAAUGAGGAAGAAUUUGCGGAAGACGAACACAUUGCCUGCGGAAGACGUCUGAUGGACCAACGAAACGUCCAUCAAAACGCAGCCGCUGAUUCCAUUUUGUCAUCCGUAGACGAUGAUAGUAAUCAACACUUUUUCGUUGAUGGCCCUAGAAGCGGUGGAAAAACGUUUCUCUACGUCGCAUUGUACAACACACUGCUUGGGAUGAGGAAUAAUGUGAUUCGUGUGGCCUGGACAGGACUCGCUGCCAAACUGCUGCCUAGUUGA